GAUACGCCAAAAUGGAUGGACGGUGUGGAUAAAACCCAGACACCACGGUGGCCCCUCAGAGCCCCCGCCUGUGCCGAGCUCGGAACAGGCGGGGGUAGUACCCAAUCCAGCUGCAGGGGUUUAAAAGAAGGGGUUUUCCGUCGCUGCAAUGCAAAACUCUCGAUGGAGGGGAUGAGAGUUCGUUUGUAUUUCGACGAUCGACAUAUGCUGAGUAAGUCGCAGCGGCUGGAGGGUCUGAAGCGUUGUUGGCUUCUCCUAACACCCGAUAUCAUUACCAUUUCUGACCUCGUUUCCCUUGUUAUUCACAAAUUUGCCCUCGAAGAUGCUUGCCCCAAUGGCCUUAUCCUCUCUAUGGAUGGCUUUGUUUUACCAGAAUUUGAAUCCACAUGCAUUUUUCAGGAUAAAGAUAUCGUGAGGGUAAAAAAGAAGGGUGGUACACUGAAGGAGAUUAUUAGGAUAGAUGAGGAGGUGAAUCAUAUUGAAGAUUCUGGAAUUUUGUAUAAGCAACCUCUACUUAAUGGUGUGAAGCUUCUAACAAAUGAAAAGUCUGAGGAAGAUACUCAGAGUGAACAUGAAGAGCCUCUUGAGGAUGCAUCAGAUCUGGAAAGGCCGUUGUGUGCAAGCCCGGUCUGUAAGAAGAAAAGAAAAAACUCAGAUAAACUACAAAGCUCAAAGAGGAAGAAAGCUAGACCCACCACCCCUGAACAAGAGCCGAUGGUUUCUAUUCAAUGUCUAGAGAAGGAUGUCGAGACACAGCAAAACAGAAGUGAACAUCACAAGGGAGGCCUUUCCCGGAGAAGAGUUCACAAGAAAGAUAGGUUAUCUAAUGUAAAUGGCCAAGUGAAUGCAACAAUUGCCCCUGUAAUCAAUGAUAGUGCUGAGAAUGUUGAUGAUUCCAAAUCUACUGAUGAGGGGUGUGUCCAAUUUCAGGAAAAGAGCAAAAAAAAUGCUGAAACAUCUCAUGUACUUGAUGCCACUAGAAAGCUCCCUAGCAGAAGUGCUCGUCGUAAGAAAGCGAAAAGGCAAUGGCUACGUGGACAAAAGAACUCUGAAAGGAAAGCGGUAACUCAAAACUCUAUGCUACAUAAAGACAUGCAUAAAGAUUCUCCAGAACAUACGCAAACAGAUCCAACUACUGACAUGGAUGAUGAAAUUGUUCCAGUAGUAGUUAGGCCAGGACAUAUUCGCUUCGAGCCCCUGGAUGAAGGGUUAAAAUCGAUCUUCUUUUAUUUAUUGGACUGGCAAGCUCCACUGAGAAUGCACAGUGCAGAAGAGAACAACCAGCAGUUGCAGUCACAAAAUGCAGGGCUCAGAGGGGACUACCAUGGCAUCCUAGGCAAGGCCCUCUCUAUCCUUGCAGUUGAGGAAGGUUGGAAGCUUAUUUCUCGUCGCUGUCCUGGUGCAAAGUCUGACGCCUCUACCCUGCUUGCUCCUUUCCCCACCCUCUUCCUCUCCAGCUUCAUGGGGGAGUGGGAUGAUUAUAUGCUCACCACGGUUUUCAUCAAGAUCGGCGAGGUGAAGGAGGUGGUUAUCCCCAAGAAGAAAGGUUCUUCCAACGGUCGUGGCUUUGCCUUUGUUCGCAUGGCUUCGCUUGAGGUUGCAGCUAAAGCCAUUUCCUCCCUACAUCUUGCUGGAUUCAAUGGAAGGAAACUGUUUGUUCAGUUGGCCAAAUUUGGGCCACCCUCUCGCCCUCGGCUUAAGAAAUUGGGUCUUCCCCCUCUUCCCCGAGCUGUGCCCAAUCAGGCAGUUUCCACUCCCUCUUUCAGGCACAAGAUGAUGAGGACGCAGGGUCAUUCAUUUAAAGACACGGUUACUGGGGCUCCAGUAGGGAGUUCAUCUUCCCCCUUUCUUCCCCAUGCUCCCCCAUCUACCCCUUCCUCCCCUGCUUUGUGCGACUCCCAUAUCAGGAAAAUCUUAGGACCUGGCCUCGAGAUCUCUUUGGACACCUCAUUGGUUGAUGAUGCAACUAAGGCUUUUCAGCAAAGCUUAGUAGUGAAGAAGAAGCAGCUGGCCCCCAUUCCUCUCACACCAACAUUCUGGUCUUGGUUGAACCGCUGGGGUAGGCUCCUCUGUUUGCCUUACUAUCCCCCGGGGGCGGACGGAAGGCCAAGUAUUCCAUUAAACAGAUACCAUUUGCUACAAUUUCUUGAUUGUUCUCAGAUCUUUUAUUCUGAUGUCGUUGAGUUUGUCCAGGUUCUUCACUGGAGCGGCACCACAAACAAGAAGAAGGGUCAAAAGUGGGGCAAAGAGAAAACUUCAGUAUGUGGAAAGAGUGAUGAUGAUUCUGUUGAAAACUGCAAUGAAAAGUCCACUGUUGAAGAAGGGGAGCUGGCACGUGAUGCUGUCGACUUCGAGAAGCUAAUGCCCUUAUCUGGCUUUCCUAAGGAAGGUGAUGUAAUUGCAUAUCGUUUGGUUGAAUUAUCGUCAUCAUGGAGCCCUGAGCUUUCUUCUUUUCGAGUUGGGAAGACAUCAUUCUAUGACACAGCCUCCAACAUGGUUAAGCUUGUAAGUUUCCCAGGGUACAAGAUGUCAAAUGAGGAACUGCAGUCAAGCAUCUCACCAUACAAUGAAGAUGGCUCUCUAGAGAUCAAUUUUGCAUCACUCUUUGAUGUCCGUAUCUUCAUCCAUGACAAAUCAUUACCAACAACUGUAAUUACCCGUACAACUGGUGAAGAUCUGGUGAGUGCUCAAGAAGCUGAAGUGGGCGCCUCGUUCAAUUGUAGUGCCAAAGAUAUGGCUGCUCCUGUCACAGAAAAUGGAGGGAUGGUGAAGGGGAAAUGGGACGAAAUCAGUCAAGCUUUAACUGAAAAGAAAGCACAACUCAUGAAAAGGAAUGGUUGGGGUACGAAAGAGAGUUCAGACAAGGCUGCAUGGUCAUAUAAGGCCUUGCGAAGCAGCGCUCUUGGCCCGACUGUGGCCCUUUUAAGAGCAAGGAAUGACCUGCAAGCAUGAUGAAGGAAUCAUUUGGGCAAUUGAAGCUGUGGAGCAAAAGGAAAUGAUCAUGGGGCUGUAAGUUUUGGUUUCAUCGUACAGUAUCUUUUGAUCCCAUUUGAUCUGUUAACAUUGCUAACAUUGGGCACUUCUAUUUGCCAUCCCAAUUUCAACCUUUUGUUGUCCCUUACUGUGGAAUUAGCUUGGGACUCGUUGAAGCUAGAAAGGACUUUAUUUCAACACAACUACGUUCCCAUGAAGAUUGUUGCUGGAAUACCAUUUCAUUUCCAAGCUUUUGCCCAA